ACUUUAGUUCAUAGCGCGUUCUCGUGAUUUUCUACUUUGAUAGACCAUCCGUGCAGAAGCAGCUUUCCUUUGGAAAGGGAAAAAGGCUCAGAAGAAUCGAGUCGAGAGAGAUUGCUGCAGUGCAGGGAAGUAAAUGGGAAACACUCAGUCGCCUCCCAUGGAUCCUCGUUUCACUUCAGCUUCCAGAGCUUUCACUCAAAAGGAACUGGAAGAUCUCAAAUCCCUGUUCAUGUCGCUUGCUUCCCAAUCACAGAGCAAUGGUCAAUACAUAACUCUCUCUGUAUUUCAGGCAUAUUUUGGACUGGAAGGUCCUCUCGGGGAGAGAAUGUUCGAUUUAUCUACAAAUCAACGAAAAGACAAUAAACUCAGUUUUGAAGACCUUGUGAUUACUAAAGCGACUUAUGAGAAAGGAACAAACAACGAUAUUGAAGAAUUUAUUUAUCAGUUGUUAGAUGUGACAAAUGAUGGUAUUGUGGAGAGGUCUGACGUGGAAACUGUUCUACUUGCAAUUUUUGAAAGCUUGUUCUCUUUGAAAGACAGUCACCUGGUCUCAGGUCCAAAUGAAUGCACAGCGAAUGUGUUUCUUAAUGCUGCAACCUUGUCCAAGGAUGAUAAAGAGGGUGCGAGAGAUGCUAUGUCUUUUGAGGAUUUCAGAAGUUGGUGUAGUCUCCUCCCAUCUGUCAGGAAGUACCUUGGGAGCUUGCUGAUGCCACCUGGUCCAGGGAGACCAGGAGCUCAAGUUCCUCAGUUGUUUCAUUUAGAAAACAUUGAUCCAAAUACUUUGUUACUGAGGAAGGAGUAUGCUUGGCAUAUAGGAGGAGCCCUUUCUCAGCAAGAGCUAGAGGAAUGGAGACUUCUAUACCAUAGUAGUUUAAAUGGUCUAAGUUUCAACACAUUCUUGGGACAUAUAUCAACUGAGGAAGGGCCUACUGUGUUAGUAAUUAAGGAUAGAGAAGGUUACAUAUAUGGAGGUUAUGCUUCUAAGCCAUGGGAGAGGCAUGGAGAUUUCUAUGGAGACAUGAAGUCUUUUCUUUUUCAGCUGUAUCCAAAGGCAUCUAUCUUCAAACCUACUGGAGCAAACAGUAAUAUACAAUGGUGUGCGGUGAAUUUCAGUUCAGAUAGUAUUCCAAAUGGCAUUGGUUUUGGGGGACGUGUUCAUCACUUCGGCCUUUUUUUAUCAGCAAACUUUGAUCAAGGGCACUCCUUCGCCUGCACCACGUUUGGAAGCCCGUGCCUUUCAGCAAACAACAAAAUAUACCCAGAAGUGAUAGAAUGCUGGGGAAUUGUUCGAGAUGGGAGACACCAAGAAAGGCAUGAAAUUGUCAAAGGAACUAUCUUAGAAAGAUUUAAAGAGGAUCGCCAUAUGCUCAACAUGGUUGGGCUUGCAAAUUCAAGUGAGUGAGCGGAUGAAUGCUCUAGCCUUCCAUAGUUGAAGCUUCUAAAUAUGGCAUUAAAGUUAAUCAUGAUAUGUUUGAGUCAAAAGUCUGGUAAUGAGUUUACAUAGUAAGUGUUUAUUUCAAAAAUUCAACUUGUACAUUUGUACCAAGGACUUGAAUUUUUUGUUCAUAAUGAGAAUACAUGGAUUGUUUAUGUUCAUGUCAAA